UCGGACCGAUUUCUAGUGAUUUCUAGCAUCGUAUAUACAAGGCUUUACUCCAAGCUGCUCCAAACUUGCUCCGCGUAUUGCCGCGUAUUGUAGACGGCCCCUUAAAUUAUUAAAUUUUAUAUUUAUAUAUUUGCACUUGCGGAAGAUUGGUGGCAGAUUUUGCUCAUUACUGGUCACCUCACUCCCGUGCAGUUCUAUCAGGGAGUGAGUACCAAAACAAGAAAGAAGAAGAGAAAAAUGGCGGAUGAAAGUGAGGAUCAGUGGUUAUAUGGGGAUUCGACCGACAGCAAGGAAUAUACACCGACGAAUGUUCAAUCAGAGCUUCAACAAAAUGACUCGACGCUCGUCGAAGCUCAAGAGAACUUGCAAACUCAAGAGGAUCAGAAGAUGGAAGGUGUUGGUGAAACACCGUCCGAGAUGCGAGAAAUUGUUGAUUCCCUUGGCGGUGGUGACGAAGAAUCGUCUUCAUUGAAUAAUGCACAAGAAGAGAAUGCAGAUGCAAAUAAAAAUGGAACGAGAGAAGCUUCUAGUCAGGAGGAUGGUGAAGCAGCCAGCGAAUCUGAUUCCGAUGACGAUGUACAUGUUGUUAUCGGUGAUAUCAAAUCAACACCGGCAUAUGGUAGUUUAAACAUCAAGAGAGGAGGACUAUUAACUAACACAUCCGGUGUAUCAGACAAGUUGAGCAAACAGCCAGGAAAGUUCAGUAUAGAUGAAUUUGAGACUAUUGGUGUCAUUAAUGGAAUACCAGCCCAUGAGUUUAAUUUAGAUCAAUUGGAGGAUAAACCAUGGAGACAGCCUGGCGCGGAUAUCACGGAUUACUUUAAUUAUGGCUUCAACGAAGAUACCUGGAGAGCGUAUUGUGAACGUCAGAAGCGGAUGCGAAACGAAUCUGGAGUAGGAUUGAUUUUAAAUGCGGGUGGCGGUGGUAGCAAUCCGAGCAGCAUGAGAAUGCCACAGGUGGCAAUAACCAAUGAUAACAGCAAAUAUUCUGGUAUUAUGGGUCCUAAGAGGGCAGGUCCACCACCUGGAAGAAAGAUGGCAGGGACUAUAGAUGUUAUAGGAAGCUCUGGUUUAGCAUCCAGAAGAAAUUUGGAUAAAUCCCCACCGAAAGGAAAUGUUAUACAGGUUAUGACUGCUGACAGAAGAGAAUAUUCUAGAAAACCAGGUUUUCCCGACAUGAGUGUACCACCUCCUGGAGCGGGAAUGCCGCCACCACCAUUCGAUAUGCCUCCACCAGGAUAUGCUGGUGAACCGACACCGUUUUACAUGCCAGAAACCGAUCCGUAUUACCAGAGUUACGAACCCACGCAAGAUAACCAGUGGGGCAAUGACCCGACGUGGCAGCCAACAAAUCUAGCAAUCCCAAUGACCGAAGGUGAAGAUGACAAAGACAUGGGACCCAAGACAAUACCUACGAUGGUUCCACCGACGUCCAUUCCUCCUCUGAUGCAAUCACGCGAUCAGAGGGACGGUAGAGACCGGGAACGAGAUAGGGAUAGAGAUCGGGAUCGAGAAUUGGAUUCUAUGAGCAGAGAUAGGGACAAGGAUAGAGAUCGCGAUCGUGAUAGGGAGAAAGAUUCCAUGAUGAGAGAUCGCGAUAGAGACAGAGAUUCUAUGACGCGAGAUGAAGAUCGAGAGCGUGACAGAUCCAGAUCUCAAUAUCGACAUAAAGAUCGACAUCGACAUCGAUCAAGAUCGCGAUCUCGUAGACACAAAUCGAGAUCGCGUAGCCCAAGUCGACGUAAGAAGAAAUCCAGACGCUCAGAUAGAGAACGUUCCAAGGAAGAAAGCGAAUAAAUGUGUGUACACGUAAAAAUGAUACUGUAUUAAUUUACCGCUCAUAGCGGAGUGCAUCAUAGAAUUAAGUGAUUAUUUUACAUAAAAUAUUCCAAAAUACAUCCAUUGACAAAAUUAUUCACAAAGUUAAUUGUAAGAUAUACAACCUAUAUCAAUUGUGUCAGAUAUAAGAAAUGAAAUGUAUGUACAGCGGUGCUUGUGGAAGUUACAAAUACCUAAUAUAAUUUUUGACACAAGUAAAUUAUUAAUGCAAACAAUAACAGUUGGAUUUACAGAUCGUUUAAAGAUUGUGGAUAAAGAGGAUUAAAAUAUUUUACGUGUUUAAGGCUUAAUGUUUUAUUCUUUUAUUGUAUUUUUAUUAAUUUUUGUACGCGAAUCGAAGAAAAUAUAGCUGCGAUAAAAAGCC